CUGGAACCUUCUUAUGCGAGCAUAGCAUUAGCACCUGCCAGAAACUAACAUGUCCAUUUCAACUGUUUCCCGCUCAUUCAUAGCGCAAUUUCACAUGAUUACGAUUUGGUUCUGCAAUGGCGAAUUUUCUCCGGCGUCCGUUCACUAGGUUUCAGCCUCUCCGAUCUUCACCGGUUUGUUCGACGAUGUUUUGGUCAUCAUCAUCGUCGUCUUCCUCCGCCGAUGCGUUGGUGGAAAUCAAACCCGGGGAAGUAGGGAUGGUCUCUGGAAUUCCCCAGGAACACCUUCGUCGCAGAGUCAUUAUUUAUUCACCUGCUAGAACUGCAAGCCAACAAGGCUCUGGAAAGGUUGGAAAGUGGAGAAUAAAUUUCUUGUCCACACAGAAGUGGGAAAAUCCAUUGAUGGGAUGGACAUCCACAGGAGACCCUCUAUCAAAUGUUGGUGAGGCAGGGUUAUCUUUUGAUAGCGUAGAAGCAGCAAAGGCAUUUGCUGAGAAACAUGGUUGGGAGUACACUGUCAAGAAGUUUCAUACACCGUUGUUGAAGCCAAAAUCAUAUGCAGACAACUUCAAAUGGAAGGGCCCCCCACCAGAGUCCAAGGGAGGCUAAUGGAUAUUUUGUACGUUCAAUUUCCACGCUGCUGCGCUGCCUUCAAGAGUUGCCACUUCUGACAGGUGGAAAUCCUUUUAUCAUUGGAAUUGUAACACGUAUUCAGCCAAUAAUUUUCGUUUGCUAUCGAAUUAUCAUGGUCCAAUAGACAAAAGUGCAUUACGUUAGCUAGGUUUUUAAAACUUGUACUCAGUUCACCACUAGGACGUAGUCUGUCCCUUUCGCUUCUUGUGUGUUGAACUAAGCUAGUAAAAUAUGUACAGAGAACCGAAAGAAGAAAACUAGUGACUUAUAAACUUGACAUUGGCACA